AUAAGUUGUCACCAACACAAACAAUAGUGCAUAGCGUUUUUCAUUGUGCAUUAUUCAAUGGCCACCACAGCAGCUCUAUCCGGAACCAUGGUGAGCACCUCCUUCAUGAGGAAGCAACCUAUGACGACCAAGAGCCUAAAGACAUUCCCCAACGCUCUUUUUGGUCUGAAAGGUGGACGAGGUGGUCGUGUAACUUGCAUGGCCUCGUACAAGGUGAAGCUCAUAACCCCAGAAGGAGAAGUGGAGUUUGAAUGCCCAGAUGAUGUUUUCAUUGUUGACAAGGCUGAGGAAGAAGGCAUUGAACUUCCCUACUCGUGCAGGGCUGGUUCUUGCGUUUCAUGUGUUGGGAAAAUUGUGAAAGGUGACGUGGACCAGUCAGAUGGUAGCUUCCUUGAUGAUGAACAAAUAGAAAGUGGAUGGGUUCUCACCUGUGUUGCUCUACCUAGGUCAGACGUUGUCAUUGAGACACACAAGGAUGGAGAGAUCGAAUGAUCGAUAUAUAUCAUAAUGUAAUCUUGUCCAUUGCUCUUCUAAUGCCAUCUAUCUAUGUCGUGUUUUGAUUUUGUUAGAGUGAUUUGGCAUUGGCUAGUUAGCUAGCUGAAAUCAUCGCGAGUUUAUUAAUUACUUUUGUCAUGUUUGUGGAAACAAGUGAAAUUGUUGCACUUUAAUUAAUUAGUUUGGUAAUGCUUACUGUUUAUGCACAUGUUGUCUAAGACAAUAAUAGUUCUUCUUCAUCUUUU